AUGGCUGCUAUCACCAACACCAAGCCCAGCCUCCCCCCGAACACGGGCAAGUCCCUUGGAAACUUCGAACAGGACAUCUCCCGCGCUAUCAUGGGCUCGUACACCUCGCACCCCAAGCCAGCCAAGCUCUUCGAGACCAUGCCGCCCGCCCCGCCUCCCUCGCCCGUCUCCUUUGCCAUCGACAGCUACAGCAAUGGCAAGACGAUGACAUCCAAGCACGAGAAGAUUUCGGGUCUGUGUCUGGAGUAA